AUGAUGGCCGAGUCACCCUCCGUCACACCAGAAGAAGCCCAGCAGGGCGCUGGCGGCCUUGUCGAGGGCAAAGACGCCCAAAUCAGCCCUUCCAAGACAGAGCCGGACCAGACAGUCACUGGCACAACUGACACGGACGGCGACGACGAUGACGACGAGAAGUAUCUCAGAGGAUGGAGGCUAUGGAUUGUGACCGCUGGUAUGUGGAUCAGCUUGUUCCUCUCCACGCUCGAGACGACUAUUGUGAGCACUUCCCUCAUCUCCAUCACCGAUGCCCUGAGCGGUUUCCUUCUCAGAGAUUGGGUUGUCACCGCAUAUCUCUUGACAUACACUGGCUUCUUGACCAUCUUCGCCAAGGUCAGCGAUCUCUUUGGCAAAAAGACCAUGCUCCUCGUGGCUCUUGCCAUCUUCACUGUCUUCUCCGCCCUCUGCGGCGCGUCGAAUGACAUCGUUACCCUAAUCAUCUUCCGCGCAUUCCAGGGGAUUGGCGCCUCGGGCAUCUACUCCAUGGUUCUCGUCCUCGCCCCAACCUUGGUGCCGGUCCACAAGUACGGCAAAUACAUGGCCAUCGUCGCCACCGUCUUCCUCAUCGCCAGCGUCCUCGGUCCCGUCCUCGGCGGCGUCAUCAACGCCCACUCCUCCUGGCGCUGGGUCUUUCUGCUAAACAUACCCGGCGGCGCGGUCGCCUUCAUAACACUCGCCGUUUUCCUGCCGAUGUCGGACGAAUCCUCCCAGCUCUCGAUGAAACAGAUUGUCCGCUCCAAGUUCCGGCUGUCUGUUUGGGCCCGGCUCGAUCUACUGGGCAUGUCGCUGCUGCUCGCCUUCUCCGUCCUUUUAAUAUUCGCCCUGGAGGAAGCUGGCACGAGAUAUCCCUGGCGCAGCCCCGCCAUCAUCGCCCCUCUCGCACUGGCGGUGGCAUUGACGAUCGGGUUCGUCCUCUGGGAGAUUUACGUCGAGAGAUCGGCUUCCAGACAGGAGCCUGUCUUCCCUCCCAGCAUCUGCAAGGACAGGUUGCCUGCUGCAUUGCUUCUGUCUGCCUUCUUUAUCGGCUUCCCUUUUGUGUCCAUCAUCGUCAACCUGCCGCAGCGAGCGCAGGCCGUGUACGGCAAGUCGGCAUUCGAGGCCGGAAUCAGCAUGCUCCCUCUGCUCCUCGCGUCUCCGGUCGCGACGGCACUGGCUGGGUUCCUGACAGGGAGGGCUAAAGUCCCCCUUUUCUACAUUCUCGUUGUGUCUGGUGUAUUUCAGCUCGUCGGGGUCGGGCUUACCUGCGGCCUACCCACCAACACGACGACGUUUCCCAAAGAGCUUUACGCCUAUGAGGCCAUCAUGGGUUUCGGUUUCGGUCUUGGCCUCUCGACUCUGCUCAUCUUGGCCCGGCUUGUCGUUUCCAAGGAGAACCUUCCGGUGAUGAUGGGUGCGGCAACCCAGGUCCGUGUACUCGGGGGCACCAUUUCGUUGGCAAUCUGUGCGACGAUGCUCAACAAUUACGUCAAACCCAAACUCAACGAGUUGAUCGACCCCGCCGAGGCGGCAGCGGUUUUGGAGUCCCUUUCGGAGAUUCAAACCCUCACGAAGCUGCAGCAGAUACAGGUCAGACGGGCCUUCGCGGAGGGAUACAACCAACAAAACAUUUUCAUGACGGCGUUGACAGGAGUGGGCUUCGUCACUACCUGUUUCCUGUGGGAGAGAUAUCCAAGAAGGGCCGAGUAG